GAUCAAUUUAAAAUACAGAUAUGUACGACUUGUACACGAACACACGUAUGAGCGAAGUCGUUCAUGUUUUCUGUGUCGCAUCUGACAAUUUGACAGUUCUAGCUCGAUAGUAUUAAACAUGGCCGUUCGUGCAGAGAAAUUACUGUAAUAUAACACUAUUGAGGUCUAAAAGAAGUGUUAUUGAGAGAUAUUUCAAUAAAGGACAAUUAUGUUCGAGUCUCCGAGAAGCCUUCAGGAGGUUUGUGUAGACUUUAUUUGCGACAAUGUAUUAGUAUUGUGCGAGGUCCAUCCUGGCGACAGUGGGCUUCCUGUCAGUACACUACCACCUGCUGCCAUUGAUGAGCAAAUGAGCACAGGAGAUGGUCGCACAACAGUAUCAAGUGUAUCGUCAGUCACUAAUCUCUCAUCUCUGAACUUAUCAGCUGGUUCAGCAACCAGACUAAGUUUUAAGGAUCCAGAUGCAUUUUUACCUGCUGAAAUAUCUGAUCAACUGUUAUCCAGCUUAUGCGAACGAAAAGCAUUAUCUGAUCUGACUAUUACUUUAUUCGAUUCAAAAACGACCAGAUUACGCCAUGUAAGACUAAAAGAUGCAUCGAGCCUUUCUAUAAAAGGCUUAAAAGUUUUAAGUCAACAUAAGGUUGUGGAUUUGGAAAUAGAUGGACUUAAGAUUAAUGUCAACGAUUUGAUUGGCUGCCUGGGAGAAUGGAGUUUGCAAAAUCUAAGAUCCUUAAGUGUGGCAAAGGGUAGCUUUAUGGAUUGUGCUAGGUCUUGUGUAGUCGCGGCAUUGACUAAACUUCGAGCAUUACAAACUCUCAAUGUUUCUGGAACUGAGUUUAAUAAUCAUGGUCUCGAGAUUGUUGUCGAAGACCUACAGCUCUUAGAAAAUUUAGACAUUUCUUGUACACGAGUAGACGAUAUAACACCAUUGAAAAAGUGUAAGGACCGAUUGAAGUCAUUGAAAAUGUACAAUUUAAAAGUGAGCAGUUGUGGAAACCUGAUACCCGUAUUAUUGGAGCUGAAGAAAUUGAUAAAUUUGGAUAUAUCCGACGAACGAGAUGCCUUUCCACUUGAAAUGUUUGUUCCAGUUAGAUCUAAAAUAUCGGAUCUCUUGAAAGCCAGUUUCUGUAUGCCGUAUCUAGCUAGUCUAGAUAUCUCAGGUAGAAGAAAGGAUGAAAUACACAGAAAAGAUUUGAGAACGUUUAUUAAAUAUCACCCACAUUUAAGAUUUUUAGGCCUUGUUCAUACAGAUGCUUGUUAUGAUGACACUCUUAUUAAUCCCAUUAAUAAAAGUUACAGACGAAGUCUUGUGGUGAGUGGGACCGCAUCAGAGUCACAAAUUUUAGAAUCACUGAGACGAUACUGGUGCCGCCCAAUUUAUGUGCAAAAAUGCCUUUAUAAUUUAUUCCGUUUAACGCCAAACUUUAGUGAGGCAAGAGUUGACGUUAUAAAAUUAGUUAUACCUGGAAUGAAGGCUCAUCCCCAACAGUUUGGUGUACAAAUGGCUGCAACAGCAUGUCUCUACAAUCUUACAAAAGGAGACCUAGCGAAUAAAAUCCAUCCAUCGAUAUUAAAACAAAUUGUUGAUUUAACAUUGACAGCCAUGGAAUCGUUUCCAAAUCAUUACCAACUACAGAAAAAUACGUUACUUACGCUGUGCAGUGAUAGGAUAUUGCAGGAUGUUACUUUUGACAAAUAUAGGUGUGCAAGACUUGUGAUGAAUUGUCUGUCAGCAUUUGAUGAUCCUUCAAUGAAUCGAAUGUCAGUUGCAAUAUGCUCCAUUUUGGCAGCUAAAAUUUCCACCGAUGAAACAUCAAUGCUGGGGGCACAACCGCAGUACAUGUCUAAACUAUUAGCCAUGAUCCGGUCUAAAGUUCAAACAAAAUCUGUGGACAUUACCAUGAAGUUUACGUUGAGCGCCCUUUGGAAUUUAACUGAUGAAAGUGCAACGACAUGCGCUGUAUUUCUCGAAGAAGGUGGCAUGGCUCUAUUUCUUGAAGUACUGAAAAGUUUCCAAGGAGAGUCUAGUGUCGAAACAAAGGUUUUGGGCUUGCUGAAUAACAUAGCAGAGGUACCUCAUCUCAGGCAAUGGCUAAUGCAACCUUCUUUUAUAACGAUGCUCUCGUCACUUUUGGAUUCCGAACAGAUUGAUGUAUCCUAUUUUGCGGCAGGAAUUGCUGCACAUCUGUUGAGUGAUGGACCAUGUGUAUGGGCUUCGGUACCGUCUUUACCACCUAGGUCUCAAUUAUUGGAUCAGUUAGCUAAAGCAGUGACCAAUUGGCAAACACCUCAGAGUGAAAUGGUUGCAUAUCGAAGUUUUCAGCCAUUCUUUCCUCUUUUGCGAUGCGCCGAUGCACAUCCUGUACAAUUAUGGGCUGUAUGGGCAAUACAUCAUGUAUGCACUAAGAAUCCCAAACGGUAUUGUGGAAUGCUGUCGAGAGAAGGUGGUGGUGCCAUACUAGCAUUGCUCGCAAAGGAGAAGAGCGGUGACACUCAGCCUAUCGUGCGUACCUUGUGCCUCUCCGUGCUUGAAGCAUUGGCCACUCACUGUUGACCAUUUACAAUUUGACAAACGAGUACCAUAUACCUGGUAUACUAGUCAAUUUUAUCCCUCUGUUGAGGCAAGCUUAAAUUUCAAUAAUAUACAUGGAAAAACGCAGCGCAAUUGCAUUUUUGAAUGAAAAAUUGAAUCAAAAAUUUCUACUCGCAUACAUAGGUGGUAUCGUUGAUGGAGAAAAAAGAGGCUGUGAAGGAGUAUGUGUGGUCUGCGCUGCGGAAGCAGCCAUCUCGGAUCAAACGAGAAAUAUAAUAUAUAGAUCAUAUGCACUUAGUGCAUUAAAGAUACGGAUUUGCAAAUGAUAUUUAAAAUCCUGUAAAUUGGCAAAUUUGGACAAAAAUUAUUUGAGCAUACUAUUGAUAUGUUGGCAGAGAAUAAGUAAUGCUUGCUAAAAAUAACGUCGAGCAGCCCUGUUUCACAAAAUAAGAUGAUAAACGUUGAUUGUUUCUUAGAUUUUUAGUAUCUCUUACCUAUUUUUUAAACUUCCAAUACGGUGUGAACGGCUAGUUUUAUCACAUGUAACUCAAUUUAAAUUAUUUUCAUAAAGUUUUAACAACAUAGUUUUAUUAUUUGAUUUGUGAGUAUUAUUACCCGCUUUGACUGUAUCUUCGGUCAAUGCUAUCUGCAAGACAUUAAGAAAUUUGUUACAUGGUAGCCGGUUUUUUUUAUCGGAAAUUUACUUGCUGUGAAAUUUUAUAAAGAAAAUGUAAAUCUGAAGAAAUAUGUAAAUUUGUCUACUGGUUUUUUACAAAUCUCUCGACAUCUUUUGUGCUACAAUUGUAGAGCAUAUUUCGAUCUUGAGCGGUUCUUUUUUUUUUUUUUUAGUCACUUUCAUUCGGUCACGAAGAAAUAUCUUAAUUCGAACUGAUUGCAAGGAAAACGUAGUAUUAUUACACUUACUGUUCAUACCGUUUGUAGAAAAGAUUUGUCCAAUGGUUUGGAUUUUAAAAUACCUGUUCGCAAAUAUCUAUAAUGGAUAGGAAAUUGCUGUUGUUUCUUGAAACAGAUUUGUGUGUCUGUUAAUAACAAUACUUAAUUAAUAAUGACAAGUUUAUUGCAUCUUAUUGAUAGAAGAUAGCGCAAACUAGUGUUUUGCUAUUUUGAAUUUUCGAGGUAAUCCUUAUCAAGAUUUUAAGUUAGCAUCGGAAAAUUUUAAGUAGGACUUAUUCUGUUUUUUCAUGUGCAGUAUCUCAGUAUAUCUGUUAUGAACUAAUACACCAAAUCUUGUAAGUAGGAAUUUUCAUUUCGUCACUCGACGAGUCUUUUUUGAUUCGAUUUUUCUGUAUUUGUUAAAAAUAUUGUCAAUAGGCAGCUAUAAAUAGAGAUAUGCAUGUAAACGUUAAAAAUAGAUAAAUUUGGAAAUAUUCAGUAUGCAUAUCUCCUUAUUGAAGUAAAAUAAUUGUUAAAAAUAGUGUCAGCAAUAUUUAAGAUGAAAGUGAAAACAUUUGAGAAGAAAAGAUUGAUCACAAUAUCCGGAAAGUUCCGUCAGAACUUUUUGUCUUACAUGAUAAAAAGUGCAAAGCACAAAUAUUUCGUUCAUUGGAAAUAUAUUGCUCUAUUACGUCUCGAUUGUCAUGUUAUAAAUUUUAUUGGCUAUUAAAUAUAGAAAAAUGUCUUUCUAUAACUCCAAAUGUACAUUAUGUGUAUAGUAUAUUCUGCCAUUAUACAUAAAAAAAGAAAUAUUAGUUAUAUCGAAGUAUUUUACUUCAUAGUUAACCCAAUGAAAUGGUACCUACAGUAAAUUAUAUUUAUUGUUAAACAAUUGAUUAUAUAGCUUGUUGAUUGUAUGACUAUAGAGAUAACGCUUAGUUACAUGUAGUUUUUGCAAACCAUAAAGGUAUUUUACAGAAAAAUGAGUUUAUGUCACACAAAAAUUGCCCACGAUAUCUUUCACAGAAUUGUUUUCUACUCAUCUUUGUUAGAUUUGCUUUGUCCUUUUGAAUUGAAAAUUAAAAUGACUGCCUAUUUUUAUAUCUGAUUGAUACCUAUUCAUCAAUUUUUCUGACAUAAAUAUUAUUCAAAUGAACAGGUAAUUAUUUAAUAGUGACGGUUAGUUAUUUUUACUUCAAUACGGUUUCAUGUAUUUUUCUUGUUUCAACUUCUAAUGUGUUGUUAGUUUUGUUACGCUUUAUGUGCCAGAACAACUAAUCAAUUCAAAUAUUUGGAACAAUUAAAAUACGAACAAUUUACAAUACGAAUACUACCAGGUAUUUUUCAGAUUGGUAAACUGUUCAUGCAUUCAGUCCAACCGCACAGAACCAUUUUACACUAUCUAAUAUUCAAAAACCUCAAUGUGAAACAAACUAACACAAAAUAAAUUCUGGAAUUAUUCAAAAUACUCAUAUUUCGAAUCUUCGAUAUUGCAGAUUAUUUGGAACACAUUCAGCAAGUUUUGGCAAUGUUAGACUUUCGUAAAAUAUGGAAAACAAAGGGUUGAAUCAGGUAAAUUUGAAACUCAAUUAUUUCCUGGUUUUAUAAUAAUUUGCUCAUCAGUCGUAUCACGCACACUGCCAGUAAAUACGCCUUUCAUGUGUAAUAUCAAAUAAUAAUAAAAUAAAUAACUGCUUCAUAAUUUUCUAGAAGUAUUAGGCACAGAAUUGUUCAUCUAAUUUCCGUCCAAUGCACUGCUCUUGCUAAGUUUCAAUUUCUGCAGGAAUUGAGAGCGUAUCUUAUGUUUAUACUUGUUAGACGUGUUACGUAAACUAUUAAUAAUAAAAUUAAUAAAAAUAAACAACGGUAUGUGGAUGAAAGUAUACAAAGCACCAAACGUUUUUGAAAAUCUUAACAUAUUUAUUUAUGCUAUGUAAGUAUUACAAGGUGUUUUGGGUGUGUCAUAACAGAAGUAUUCUUAUCAUUAUCAUAAAUCAACUGCCAUAAUUUUUAUGAAAUUGGAGAAAGUAUAAUUUUUUUUGUAAGACAGUAAUAAUACGUACAAAACGAUGAAGGUAAACGUGUAAAGUCAAGAAACUGCAGCCAAUUGUCAACGUUUACGCACAAUCCUGUACUGUAUUUUUAUCAAAAAACAAAUUUGUAGUCCAAUUUCUUUUCCAUCCGCCCCAUCAUUAUACCAAGACUUGCCGUAAAAAGGUCUCAUAACUUCACAUUAAAAAUUUAUUCGCAAUUAUUGUUUGGCCAAUUGCAAUGCAAUAUGCGGACUAUUUAAUUUAAUUAAUAAUUUUAUUUCCAUUUAAGCAAAUGAGGCACCUCCAACUAAUUUAGUAACCUUGUGAUUUCUUUGUAGGCAAUAGUUUAGUUGGUGUUGUGAUUUUGUAUGAAGAAAGUAUUGCGUACUGUAAUGGCUGCUAGUUGGUAUUCAUUUUUGAACCUUACAUUUCAAAAAAGCUCCACUUCUUUCUCGUGAGUCUAUACAUCUGUGUAUUUGCAUAUAUGUAUGUCUAUGAAUAUAGACACACACACCAUAUAUUUUUAUCGGGUUUUUCCUAUACAAAAAUGCAAUUUCACCAUCUCUUGGUAUGAAAACUUAAUUUUGUGACCGUCACAGAGUAACUUGACUUUAGAGACAACGGUGUAUAAGAAGUUUUAAGAGAAACACCAUAAGUGAAAAAAUUUGUGGCCAAAGUGGAUAUUCGAAUUUACAAUUUCAGCUCAGUUUCUCCCUAGUAACAUCUUAUCACAUUGUAGCGAAUUAUGUUACCCAUGUGUAUUUAAGCCCACUAAGGUGUUCGACGAUUCUGUGCCGAUGUUUCGACAAGCUUCGUUGGACGAUGAAAGUUUUGUGCGCAGGUAUAUUGCUACAUCUCUAAGAAAAUGCCCAAUUGUAUUAUGGCGUCAAUUGUAUCUACAAAUUAAAGGAGUAUAUUGAACUUUGUGCAACAGUUUGGCUAACUUUUUUAUUAAACAAGAUUAAACAAAUUCUAGUUAUCUUAAAUUGUCACUCUUAUCAUCCGUCCUCGAAAAAUGUUAUUACUACAUUUUUGGUUCGCAAUUUAUAGUAUACAAAGCAAAAGAAUUUCUAUCGUUUGACUAUGCAUAAAUAAAAUUCAAUUCUUUGACUGUGAAUAACAUUAUACGAGAAAAUUAAGUCUCGAAUUACGAAUUUUCUCUUUGUAUUAUUAAAUUUAAUCUGGACUGUUAGCUUUAGGAAUUUGUUAGUUUUGGCUCUGUUAUUAAUAUUCGUUUUUCAGAAGUGUUAUGUAUUAUUAUACAACCGAUAAUAUAGACGUAUCACAUCAACGUCUAUUUUAAGGUGUAUUAUCUUAUAAAUUUUUAAAAGUUGUAUUGCAUUGUACACAUAAAAUAUUAUAACAGAGCCACCGAACUAACUAGUGAAAAAAGUAACUACUAAAAACAUUUUCAAUUUUUUUUCUUCUAAAGUAAUAAAAGACUCAAUAUCGGUAUGUAAGAUUACUACUUGAAAUGUUACUUUUCAAAAUAAGAAAUUUACAUAAUAUACUUCCCUUAUCUCUAGAUGAAAGAGAAAUAUAUUUAUCAAAGGACGUUACAUGAGAAUGGCUGUUUUGUCUGCAACAUCCAGAGAAUUGUUAGCAACAAAGCCAUUCAUGGAUUAGAUGCAUGAUGAGAUUAAUUGACAACAUAGCCAUUGUGUUGAUUCUUGUCUCUAGCAUCUGUUAACUCUGUGACACACAGUCCCCUAAGUAUGGGUUCUCAAUCAUCGAGAUUUUGCGACAG